AUGCGCUUGCGGUCAAGAGAAUCCGGAUUGCUGGCUCAGGUUGCAUAUCGUGCGCCUUACCACCUCAGCUGUAAACCCGGAGAAGUAAUCCGCGGCCUCUCAACGAAUAAUGUCAAGAGUGAUUGGACUGGUGCUAUUUCGACCAUGUCAUUAUUUCCUGGGCCAGGAUCAUUCCAUCAGCAUGGACAUGAGGGACAGCCGAAUACAUUGUCAGCCAAGCAGUUCUGGAGCACCAAGGGGAUGGCAAUCCUGGAGGAUGUUACCGGCCAACAGGCUGCAGCACCACUGCUAGACAAGCAAAACAUCAACAUCACGACUUCCAAGCCAAUUGCUGUGUGA